AUGGGUCUCGUCAACGCAAAGAACACCGUCCCUGAGAAGCAGCGCUUCUACCAGGCUGCCUACAAGGCCCACACCCGCAUUUGGAGGAUCAACCCCCGAAGCACCGCGAUGUACACUCCCUUCGUCUUCAUCCUGUACGGAAGCGUCGCCGCUUCCACCUACGCCAUGGGCCGCAAGGUUCUGGGCUACAACACGUGGUUCGGCAAGGAGUAA